GUGCCAGCGGCGGAGGGGGGCGAGGGGACCUCAGCGCAGGCACGGCCCGGGGCGGGAGCAGCCCCUUAUCCUCCCAGCCGUCCCCCUGCCAUGGCCAGUGCCGCGGCCCAGCGCUGACGAUGCUGCUGGGCGCCCCACGACCGGGCGGCUGGGAUCGCGGCCGGGUGAGCGAGAGGCUGCAGGCGGCCCUCGCCGGCCUCCAGGAGCUCCAGGUGCUUCGGGAGAAGCAGCGGGAGCUGGUGCGGGCCGCCCUGGCCAUGCCGCAGCGGCCGGCGACGGGCGGAGAACAGCAGCCCCUAUCCGCCCACAGCAAGGAGCACCGUCUGGAGGUCACCCUCUCCGCCCUGAAGGAGCAGCUGUCUCGUUUGAGGAGACAGGAUGUCGGCUUGAAAAGCCAUCUGGAUCAGCUAGACCAGCGAAUAAGUGAGCUGAAAUUGGACGUCAUUAAGACCUCCAGUGAAUACUUGGAUAGUGACAGCCGGCCCAGCUCAGGAUUCUAUGACCUGAGUGAUGGUGGUUCUUGCUCACUCUCCAAUUCUUGCACCUCUGUGUACAGUGAGUCUAUCUCCUCCUCCCACACCAGUCUCUUACCCAGCUCUCAACAUCCUAAAGCGAGGCUCAGUGUGUUUGAUUACCGACCCAAGUCUGCCGAUGAAACUACAGUGCACACCACCAGCUUCCAGCAGCAGGGAGCCUAUGCCAGUGAUGGAUGUCGGACUGCAGCCAGCAGAGAUGUCUCUGGGACUCCUGCCAGGUCCAGGCCAAGGCCAGUUUCCACAGGUGACUUGGAAAGACUGAUUCCAGCGGACACUAGAUUUCAGACAGAAGUGGAUCUCAAAUCCAUGUUGCCUCUGUGCCAUAAUGGAGACAUGCACUUGCUCAGCAUGGACCCCAAAUUCCAGAAUGACCUAGUGUCCAAGAACGGCAUUGAUGUGUAUCCUUACCCAAGCCCCCUCCAUGCAGUGGCUUUACAAAGUCCCCUUUUCUCCCUGGUGGGAGCAUCCCCAAAAUCAGACUUCCAAGCUCCUCCCAACAAACCUCUGCCUAGUACAACAGGUCCCAGCUUGAUUAAGACUAGGCCAACCGCUGAGGUCCAGCCGGGGGGUUACAUCAAUAAAUUACUGCAGCUGACGAGGUGCAAAGGCAGCAGUCGGGCUGAGGCCAGUGAGUGGGUUUCACCCAAGAGCCAGCCAGCUGCAAUGCACCAGAGACUCAUUAUAACCCCCAGCACCGGCGGAGUGAAAAUUAACAGCAGCAGUAGCCAGCUGGAAAAACAGACCAGUUCUCUGGAGAGUAACAAAGCUGAAGGGAAGCUGUCAAGAGAGGUGCCAGAGGGGGAAUGUGCCAAGCAGCAGGAGACCAUGAGCUGUAUGAAUGAAGAGCAGUCAUCCACUCGGCCUGACACAGAGCCAUCAGCUGUGAAUAGUUGUUAUCCUGCCAAGUCAGCAGCAAGGGGCUCUCCUCUGGCAGAAGAAACAGAGAGCAGCAUGGAGAGCAGUUUGUCCUACUCACAGCUGUGUCAAGAGGACUCUAGCCCAGACACCUGGAAUGCUAGAGCUGUCCCAUCCAAAAAACUGCCCAUCAAAAGGUGUGGCAAUGCCAAAUUGGCUUACACUGGGGGUCACGAACGAGUGGCACGAGCUGAGUUUGUCCAUGCUCAGUUUGUCCCUGCAGAAUCCCAUCAAGUCCGCGUAAAGUUUGCUAGCUCCAAAACAAAGGCAGUGAAGAUAAAGAGGAGGAACAGCGAAAAAGUCGUUCGGCCUGGGAAGCAAGCCUUCUGCAUGGAGAAGGUGAGAGGGUCUCAAGGGGCCACCAAGCUGCCUGUUGAGUGGAAUCAGCUCCAAAGACCACAAGGAAUGAAGAGCCUCAUGCGGAGACCUUCGUAUUCUGGUGACAUGGCUGGCAGAUCGUGCUCAGAGUCGAGUCUGUUCCCAGUGCAGGUCAGGCUCCCCGCUGUCCCAUACGGGCCAGAGCUCUACGGAGCCUCGGCCAAUGCACUGUAUUCCCUGGAAGCAGCUUGUGCAGACGCAGCCAGCAGGAAGAAGCAGCGCAAGUGGCAGUCCACAGUGGAGAUCUCUGCCAAGGCGCAGCCGACCAGCCUGUCGCACAGCUUUGGCCCGGGAGCGCCAAGGCAGCCGGCGAGGAGAGCCGGCGUCCCGCGCACCGUCAGCACGAGGGCUCGCUCCAAGGGGCAGCAGCACGGAGACGGUGCCAAGAGCGAGUCAGACCACUCCGAGUACUCUGCAGAGUGCGCCUCCCUCUUCCACUCCACCAUCGCGGAGACCAGCGAAGGGGAGGUCAGCGAUUUCACAACCAACCGAUUCGGGGACAGCGAGUCCAGCGAGGACGACUGGGAUGGCAGCAGUGACAGCAGCAGCUUUGCUCUGGACUGUGAGGAGGGGGAUGAAAGUGAGCUGAUUUGGCCUGAAGGUUCAGUCAGACAAUCCGUGACUGUCCAGGCCUCUUCCAAGCCUCUUCCUCCAGUGCCCAAAAUCUGUCGCAUCAAAGCUUCAAAGGCGCUAAAGAAGAAGAUAAGAAGGUUCCAGCCUGCCUCUCUGAAGGUCAUGACCAUGGUGUAAGGGAGAGCAAGCAUCUAUUUCUUACAGUGAGACAUCCUGCUGGCUCUCAUUUGCAAAAUAAAAGGACUCCUGUGCGGAGAAAAGGACUUUCUUACAGGAGCUGUGAAUAAUCCCUGAGUCUACACAAGGGAUCUUGUUUGUUAAUGCCUGGACGUAAAUGUCACUAUGUAAUUCCCUCUUUUGCCAUUUAUUCUGUAAAUAUGAAUCUCUGUGUAUAUUAUGUCAUGACUUUUUUAAUUAUCCAAAAGGGUCACCAUGGAUGGAAUUCU